CCCGCAACUGCCUGGCGGCCUGCUCUUGUCUCCAGCGCGACACUGUUGCAGACACCCACCAUCGCAACGAGUGCAACGCCUCCUGGCCUCCCUGCGCUGCUCGGAGCCUGCUCACGGGCGCAGAUCACUUGUGGCAGCGACAGCAGCGCCGCACACCCGUCAUGGCCGACGAGGCGGGCCCUUCGGGAGCCACCAAGCCCGUGGACGCCGCCACCCUCGCCGAGGCGGACGCCAAGUUCGAGCGGGGCAUCCAGUGCAUCCGGUCCAACGACAUUGAGGCGGCGGUGGCGCUGUUCUCUGAGGUGCUGGAGGUCCGCACCCGCCACUACGGAGAGCUGGCGCCCGAGUGCGCCUCUGCCUACUACCGCUACGGUGCGGCGCUGCUGUACCAGGCCCAGGACUCUGGGGACGUGUUUGGGGCGAAUGUGGUGAAGGACGGCGAGGAGGAGGAGGAGGAGGAGGCGGAGAACAAGGAGAAUGGCGGCGACAAGGGCAAGGCGCCCGCGGCGCCAGCCGAGGGCGUCGAGGCCGAGGAGGAGGGCGAGGACUCAGGGGAAGCUGCUGAUAACGACCUGCAGCUGGCUUGGGAGAACUUGGAAUCGGCCAAGGUCAUCUGGGGCAAGGAGGGGGAGGAGGAGCACGCGCAGCAGCUGGCGGACGUGCACGGCCUGCUGGGCGAGGUGGCGAUGGAGAGCGACGACUUUGAGACGGCGCUGGCUGAGCUGGACGCCAGCCUGGCACACCUCCUCAAGUUUGUGAAGGAGGACGACCGGCGCAUCGCAGAGCUGCAGUACAAGCGCUGCAGCGCGCUGCAGUUUGGGGGGCACAACGAGGCGGCGCUGGCGGCGGUGCAGGCCGCCUGCGGCUGCCUUGCCAAGCGGCGCGAGGCGCUGGCUGCCAAGCUGGCGGCGCCAGCGGAGGGCGACGACGCUGACAAGCUGAAAGCAGAGAGCGAGGAUGUGGCGGCGCUGCUGGAAGACCUGCAGGAGAAGGUCACCGAGCUGCAGGACCAGGUUGCGGAGGAUGCCGCCAAAACGAACAUGAUCAGGAGCACGCUGAUGCAGCUGACGGCGGCAGCCGGCGGCGGCCCGCAGCAGCAGGCAGGUUCCGGCGGUGACACGCUGCAGGCUGCAGGCGGCGGUGGCGGCGGCGGCGUUCAGAACCUGGGUGUGGUGGGGCGCGGCACCAAGCGCAUCAACCUGCAGCCGGUGCAGACCAACGUGCCUGCGGCCGUGGGGGGCGGCGCCGCCGCCUGUGCUCCCGUGGGGGCCGAGCCUGCUGCCAAGAAGAAGCGCAGCCUGGAGGAUCUUAUGGGCGGCGGCGGCGAGACAACCAUCGGCUUUGGUUCCGCCCCAGCUCCAGCGCCUGCAGCCGCCCCUGCCGCUGCUCAGCCGGCGGCGCCCUCCCCGGUGCCCGCCUUCCUGCAGGCAGCCAGCGUACAGGCGGUGUAUGGUGGAGCGGCGGCGGAGCAGGAGUAGGUUGCGUGGGGCGUUCUCGGCGGCUGCCAUGCCUGGCGGAGUGCCAAACCAGCCUUCCUGAGUUGUGCAAGGCCAGCAGGGCUGUGGAUGGACUCCGUUGCGCUCUUUUUUCUUGCUUUCAAUUGCUGUACAUUGGUGUGCCCUCCACACCGCUUCUUUAAAGCAAGCUUACUGCC